CUCUUCCCCGCGGAGGCUCCUGGAGGUGCCGAAGUCCUCGUGCAGACAUGGCCUUUCAAAGGGCGGAGGGGAUGUCCGUCAUCCAGGCCUUGGCGAUGACGGUGGCAGAGAUCCCCGUGUUUGUUUACACGACAUUUGGACAGUCUGUCUUCUCUCAGCUGCGGCUCUCUCCAGGCCUGCGUAAGGUGCUGUUUGCUACAGCUCUUGGGACGGUUGCCUUGGCUCUUGCAGCUCAUCAGCUGAAGCGUCGGCGGCGUCGGAAGAAACAAAUCGCUCCGGAGAAGUGCGGCAUUAAACCUGGAGGGAUCACGGUGCCCAUCUUGCCAACCAGAAGGAUUCCUUCUGUGAAGAAAGGAUACUCCAGCAAGAGAGUCCAGAGUCCCAGCAGCAAGAGCAAUGACACGCUCAGCGGGAUUUCCUCCAUUGAGCCCAGCAAACAUUCCAGCUCAUCCCACAGCCUCGCCUCGAUAGCAGCAGUGAACUCUUCAAGUCCAAUGCCAGCAUCAGCAGCUCCAUGGGACACCCAGGCAACGGGGGAUGCUGGAGCAGCUGGUGAUUCCAGUGCAGAAAGUCUCUAUGUUCAAGGCAUGGAGCUGUUUGAGGAGGCCCUGCAGAAGUGGGAGCAGGCGUUGACCAUCCGGCAGAGGGACAGCAUCAGUACCAGCACCCCGGUGCCCUGGGACGGCAGGAAACACCAAGAGUCCAUGUCUGAGGGCAUUCCAGAGGAGUCCCAGAAAAGGGAGUUUGCUGAGAAGCUGGAAUCCCUCUUGCACAGAGCCUAUCACCUGCAGGAAGAGUUUGGGUCUUCGCUUCCCUCGGACACCGUGCUGCUGGAUCUGGAGAAGACUCUAAUGCUUCCAUUGGCAGACGGGUCACUGCGGCUUCGGACAGAUGAUGAAGAGAGCUCCAUUUCUGAGGAUUCCUUCUUCUCUGCAGCAGAGCUCUUUGACUCUCUCCAGUUUGAUGAAAUACCAUUCCAUCUUUCUAAGCCAGUAGCUGCCUAUGAAGAAGCUUUGCAGUUAGUGAAAGAAGGGAAGGUUGCGUGCCGGACACUGAGGACAGAGCUUCUAGGCUGCUACAAUGACCAGGACUUCCUAGCGAAACUGCACUGUGUCAGGCAGGCCUUCCAGGUGCUGCUGGAGGAUGAAAGCAACCAGCUGUUUUUUGGCGAGGUUGGAAAGCAGAUGGUGACAGGACUAAUGACAAAAGCUGAGAAGAAUCCUAAAGCUUUUCUGGAAAGCUAUGAAGAGAUGCUGCAUUAUGCACUGAAACAGGAGACGUGGCCAACCACUCAGCAGGAGCUGGAGGGAAGAGGGGUGGUGUGCAUGAGCUUCUUUGAUAUUGUGCUGGAUUUCAUCCUCAUGGAUGCUUUUGAGGACCUGGAGAACCCUCCCUCCUCCGUGCUGGCUGUGCUGCGCAACCGCUGGCUCUCCGACAGCUUCAAGGAGACGGCCCUAGCAACUGCCUGCUGGUCAGUCCUGAAAGCAAAAAGGAGGCUGCUGAUGGUACCAGAUGGCUUUAUCUCUCAUUUCUACUCCGUAUCGGAGCAUGUCAGUCCUGUUUUAGCCUUUGGUUUUCUGGGGCCCAAAGAGCAGCUAUCUGAAGUCUGCGCUUUCUUCAAGCACCAGAUAGUACAAUACCUGAAGGACAUGUUUGACCUGGACAACGUGAGAUACACAUCGGUUCAGUCGCUGGCCGAAGACAUUUUGCAUCUCUCACGGCGGCGCAGUGAGAUCCUCUUGGGAUAUCUGGGCACCGAGACCUUCCCCGAGAUGAACGGAAUCCUUCCUGGUGAAAACGAACCCCUCAAAGAGCUCAUCUGAUGGCAAUCAUGGGAGGAAAAACAGUUUUAUACAAGAACACUUUUUCCUCCUAAAAAAGGCUAAAACUGCCUGCAAUGGUCAGUGGUGGCAGCAAGACUAUCUCAACACACAGUAACCUGGUGGGACCUUCUGCUUUUGUAGCCAGCAGUGUUUGCUGGGAUGGAUCCUGGACCACUUGCCAGCUUAUGGUUUGAAUUUUUCCUUUGUUCUGCCUUUGUGUUCUAUUUUUUAUUAUUUUAAUGUGUCAUAUGAACCAUAAACUGCCUAUGCCUAGAUUUUUGCCCCAUUCUCUAGAAUGAGGCAACAUAUGUACCCAUUCCAGCCAUGUGUUAUCUGGGAGAUGUUUCCUGAUGUUUAUGAUCACAUGGGGGAGCAGGACCAUCAUCGGUAAAUUCUCUACUUCACCCUUAGGUUCUGAAAGAUAAUUUAUGGGGACUC